AUGGACGUGGACGUGGACGUGGACGUGGACAUUGACGUGGACGUGGACGUGGACGUGGAUAUGGACGUGGACGUGGACGUGACGUGGACGUGGACGUGGACGUGGACAUGGACGUGGACGUGGACGUGGACGUGGACGUGGACGUGGACAUGGACGUGGACGUGGACGUGGACGUGGACGUGGACGUGGACGAUGACGUGGACGUGGAGUGGACGUGGACCUGGACGUGGACGAGGACGUGGACGUGGACGUGGAGGUGGACGUGGAGGUGGACGUGGAGGUGGACGUGGACGUGGACGUGGACGUGGACGUGGACGUGGACGUGGACGUGGAGAACUUGGACGUGGACAUGGACUGGACGUGGACGUCGACGUGGACGUGGACGUGGACGUGGACAUGGACGUGGACGUGGACGUGGACAUGGACGUGGACGUGGACGUGGACGUGGACGUGGACGUGGACGUGGACGUGGACGUGGAGGACGUGGACGUGGACGUGGACGUGGACGUGGAGGACGUGGACGUGGACGUGGACGUGAACGUGGACGUGGACGUGGACGUGGAGGACUUGGACGUGGACAUGGACGUGGACGUGGAGUGGACGUGGACGUGGACGUGGACGUGGACGUGGACGUUGACGUGGACGUGGACGUGGACCGUGACGUGGACGUGGACGUGA